AUGGAGAAAAGUGGUUCUCUUUUUAGGAAUAGGAGGUUGGAGAGCUUUCUAAACACAAGCUCUAAUCCAACUGUGAAAGAAGCACCAAAAGUUUUGGUCAAAGAGGAGGCAGGGCAACGGCCGAGGGCCUCCGCCACUGCUGACGUUUACGUCGACGACGACGGAUGGCUUCCGACAUUGAUAUCGGUUGUGAGAAUUGUAGUAUGUUUUGUGUCAAUGAUGUUUACAACAUUCAUAUGGGCGUUGAUCAUGAUUUUGCUCUUGCCAUGGCCUUAUGAGAGGGUUAGGCAAGGGAAUGUGUACGGCCAUGUGACUGGAAGAAUGUUGAUGUGGAUUCUUGGUAAUCCUAUAAAGAUUGAAGGCGCUGAGUUCUCUAAUGAGAGGGCAAUUUAUAUCUGCAACCAUGCUUCUCCUAUAGAUAUUUUCCUUAUAAUGUGGUUGACUCCCACAGGCACUGUUGGCAUUGCAAAGAAAGAGAUAAUAUGGUAUCCGUUGUUUGGACAACUUUAUGUUUUGGCCAAUCACCUUCGUAUUGAUCGAUCCAACCCGACAUUGGCCAUUGCAUCUAUGAAAGAGGCUGCUCGUGCCGUGGUGAGAAACAACCUUUCUUUAAUCAUAUUUCCGGAGGGCACCAGGUCGAAGAAUGGACGCCUGCUCCCAUUCAAAAAGGGCUUUGUUCAUUUGGCGUUGCAGUCGCGCCUCCCAAUCGUUCCUAUGGUCUUUACAGGCACACAUCGCGCGUGGAGGAAGGGCGGCUUACAUGUUCGACCAGCUCCAAUAACUGUCAAGUAUCUCGAGCCAAUACCAACACAUGAUUGGACGGCUGAUAAGAUUGACGAGUACCUCAAAAUGAUGCAAGAUUUAUAUGUCAAACACCUCCCGGAGUCUCAACGCCCUCUUCCAUCAGAAACUCCUAGAAUUAGUUCCAAGUCAUAGUUGAGGUACCUAUUUACAAUCAUCUAGGGGGUGUUUGGUACGAGGAUUCGUGUCAUGAUUUGUGACUCGUUACAGUG